UGAAAAGCCGGAUAAUUCUCAUAACUUGAGGAAAACUGAGAUCAACUGACACGUUUGUCUGCACUAUAAAUAUGUGACGCCCUAAGUAACCAAGGCAUUUCUGUUCCAGCUAUCGCCAGGAUAAAAGUUGAACUUGAAAAUGAGAGCAGGCAGUGUCCUGAUCCUAAUUAUUAUGACGGCUCAUACGUCACUGGCUACGAUCCUGACGCAGCAACAGUUCCUGAUGCAGCUUAGGAACUACGGUGUUCCGGAAUAUGAUCUGGCAACAUGGCUCUGCAUUGCCGAGCACGAAAGCAAUUUGGACACUGCAGCCAUUGGCACCCUGAACACGGACGGAAGCAAAGACCAUGGAAUUUUUCAGAUCAACGACAGAUAUUGGUGCAGAGAACACGGCGUAGGCGGAGGUUGCAACAUUAAUUGUGCAGCACUCCGCAGUGACAAUCUGGAUGCUGCUAUCCGAUGUGCUUUGCACAUCAAGAGCAGACAGGGAUUUGUGGCAUGGACCACAUAUGAGAGAUACUGCAUUGGACCUAUGAUGCAGUAUCAGCAAGCUGUACACUCUUUUUGCUCCAGAGGCAGUGGCAGUAUGUUUCCAUAAAACAGCAGUAUACAUCUACCAUGGUGCAUCCCUGUUACUUAAAUAUGUAUAGAUUUUAAAAUUUGGUUAUGUAGUGACCUCUUCAUAGCUCUGUGUGUAAUUAUUCAAGUAGGUGUAACAUUACAUUUGUUUUAAGUAAUGUGUUCUUCUAAAAUGAAUAGCAAAAUGAGAUAAAUUAA